CAUUUUCAGCGGGUAAAAUACGAUACGGACAAAACAGAGCAUAAAAGUGUUUAAUAGAAACGUUUAUCAAAGUUUAUGCAGGAAUUUCCGUGUAUCUUUAUGAUGUUAAAGCUGGAGGAUUUGAGAAGCUGUAUCUUGUAAAAGUUUGAUCAAGAGUCAGUGGAGGAGAUCAAACUCAUCAGAUUCUCCUGCAGCUUCAUCAUGGCUGAUUCACAAGGAUCCAGAGAUGAAGAUUUUUCUCCAGGAUGCAGUUCAGUCCAACAGAAGAGCUCAAAACCAGAGUCCAGCUGUGUGUCUAUGAAGAGUGACUGCUCUAUGGAUCUGCCACUAAAGUUUAAGAGUGGAGACAAAUGGCCUGAUCUCAGUUCAAACCCAGAGUCCAGCUGUGUGUCUAUGAAGAGUGACUGCUCUAUGGAUCCGCCACUAAAGUUUAAGAGUGGAGAGACACAGCCUGAUCUCAGUUCAGUCCAGCAGAAGAGCUCAAACCCAGAGUCCAGCUGUGUGUCUGUGAAGAGUGACGGGUCUAUGAAGAAGCCACCAGAGUUUAAGAGUGGAGACAAACGGCCUAAUCUCAGUUUUAAAACCAGUUCAGUCCAGCAGAAGAGACCAAAACCAGAGUCCAGCUGUGUGUCUGUGAAGAGUAACUGGUCUAUGACUGAGCCACCACAGUGUAAGAGUGGAGACAUAUGGCCUGAUCUCAGGUCAAAUCUUCUAUCCAGACCUGUUAAAAACAAAACUGUGUUCACGCCUGUGAUUCAACCACAAGACUUUAACGAAAGCAUGAAUCCUGGUUUCAGCCAUGACUCUAAACCUGCUGAAGUCCUCAACACAUUGAGAUCAAAUCUGAGAAAGAAGUUUGAGUGUUUGUAUGAGGGAAUAUCAAAGCAGAGAAACCCAACACUCCUGAAUGAGAUCUACACAGAGCUCUGCAUCACAGAGAGUGAAAGUGGAGAGAUCAAUAAUGAGCAUGAGGUGAGACAGAUUGAGACACAGUCCAGGAGAGCAGAAACAGAGGACAAACCGAUCAAAUGCAGUGACAUCUUUAGACCUUUACCUGGACAAGACAAACCCAUCAGAACUGUGCUGACAAAGGGAGUCGCUGGCAUUGGAAAAACUGUCUCUGUGCAGAAGUUCAUCCUGGAUUGGGCUGAAGGGAAAGAGAAUCAGGACGUCCAGCUCAUAUUUCCACUUCCUUUCAGAGAGCUGAACUUGAUGAAGGACAAAACACUCAGUCUUUCAGAUCUUCUUCAUAUUUUUUAUCUGCAAACCAAAGAAAUGGAAAUAUCCAGUGACAAAUAUAAAGUGUUGUUCAUCUUUGAUGGUCUGGAUGAGUGUCGUCUGUCUCUGGAUUUUCAGAGCGAUGUGAGGUUGUGUGAUGUGACUGAAUCAGCCUCAGUGGACGUGCUGCUGAUGAACCUCAUUGUGGGGAAUCUGCUUCCCUCUGCUCUCAUCUGGAUCACCUCCAGACCAGCAGCAGCUGAUCUCGUCCCCUCUGAGUGUGUCCAUCGAGUGACAGAGGUACGAGGAUUCAGUGACCCACAGAAGGAGGAAUACUUCAAGAAGAGAAUCAGAGAUCAGAGACUGGCCGGCCGGAUCAUCUCACACCUGAAGUCAUCAAGGAGCCUCUUUAUUAUGUGUCACAUCCCAGUGUUCUGCUGGAUCUCAUCCACUGUUCUAGAGAAGAUGUUAAGGACAUCAUGGAAUAGAAAAAAACUCCCCAAGACUCUCACUGAAAUGUACACACACUUCCUGAAUAUUCAGACCAUCAUCAAACAUGAGAAGGACUAUGAGAAAAACGUGAAACAUGAAGACAUGAUCCUAAAACUGGGGAAACUGGCUUUUCAGCAGCUUGUGAAAGGCAAUCUGAUCUUCUAUGAGGAAGACCUGAGAGAGUGUGGCAUUGAUGUGACAGAAGCAUCAGUGUACUCAGGAUUGUGCACUCAGAUCUUCAGAGAGGAGUUUGGCUUGUAUCAGGGGAAAGUCUUCUGCUUUAUUCAUCUGAGCAUUCAGGAACAUCUAGCAGCUCUAUAUGUGCAUCUCUCCUUUAUAAACAAGAACAUCAAUGUGUUUGACCAGAUUACCAAACCAACUAAUGGAGACAAAGUUUCACUAUCUGAUCUCCAUCAGAGAGCUGUGGAUGAGGCUUUAGACAGUAAAAAUGGGCAUCUGGACCUUUUCCUUCGUUUCCUUCUGGGUCUGUCAGUGGAGUCUAAUCAGAGUCUUUUACAAGGACUAAUAACACAGACAGGAAACAGCUCCCACAACAAUGAGAAAACAGUUGAUUAUAUUAAAGAGAAGAUCAGUGAGAAUCCCUCUCCAGAUAAAUACAUCAAUCUGUUUUACUGUCUGAAUGAACUGGGUGAUCUUUCACUAGUGAACAAAGCUAAACCUCAUAUGAGCGAUGGAGGAUUACGUAAAGUGAAACUCUCCUCAUCUCAGUGGUCAGCUAUAGUUUUUGUGUUGUUGACCUCAGAGCAGACGAUGCAGGAAUUUAACCUGAACAGCUUAAUUGGAGAAGAAAAGUAUUAUGUCAACCAGAAAGCACAAAAUACAGCAGAUGAAGUUCUUCAGAAGCUGCUGCCUGUGGUUACAGCAACUAGAUCAGUCCAGUUGAUUGAUUGUGGUCUCACAGAUGAAGGUUGUGCUGCUCUGGCGUCAGCUCUGAGAUCAAAGCCCUCAGACAUGAAAGAACUAUCUCUGUCUGAGAAUAAAAUAAGAGACUCAGGAGUGAAGUUGCUCUCUGCUGGACUGGAGAAUCACCACUGUAAACUGGAGGAACUGGGGUUGAGGAAGUGUGGUGUCACAGAUGAAGGUUGUGCUGCUCUGGCUUCAGCUCUGAGAUCAAACCCCUCACACCUGAGAUAUCUGAAUCUGUCAUAUAAUAAGCUUGGAGACCCUGGAGUGAAGCUGCUCUCUGCUGGACUGGAGAAUCCUCACUGCAAACUAAAGGAACUGAAGUUGAGUAAUUGUGAUGUCACAGAUGAAGGUUGUGCUGCUUUGGCUUCGGCUCUGAUAUCAAACCCCUUACACCUGAGAGAACUGGAUCUAUCUAUAAAUAAUCUAGGAGACUCAGGAGUGAAGCUACUCUCUGCUGGACUAGAAAAUCCUCACUGUAAACUGGAGGAACUGGGGUUUAGUGAUUCUGGUGUCACUGAUGAAGGUUGUGCUGCUCUGGCUUCAGCUCUGAGAUCAAACCCCUCACACCUGAGAAAACUGAAUCUGUCUGAGAAUGAUCUAGGAGACUCAGGAGUGAAGCUGCUCUCUGCUGCACUGGAGAAUCCUCACUGUAAACUGGAGGAACUGAGGUUAAGUAAUUGUGAUGUCACAGAUGUAGGUUGUGCUGCUCUGGCUUCGGCUCUGAGAUCAAACCCCUCACACCUGAGAUAUCUGGAUCUGACUGUGAAUAAUCUAGGAGACUCAGGAGUGAAGCUACUCUCUGCUGGACUGGAAAAUCCUCAUUGUAAAAUGGAGACACUUUGGUUGAUGGAUUGUGAUGUCACAGAUGAAGGUUGUGCUGCUCUGGCUUCAGCCCUGAGAUCAAACCCCUUACACCUGAGAAAACUGGCUCUGUCUAAGAAUAAAAUAAGAGACUCAGGAGUGAAGCAGCUCUCUGCUUUACUGGAGAAUCCUCAGUGUAAACUGGAGGAUCUGUGGUUGAGGAAGUGUGGUGUCACAGAUGAAGGUUGUUUUGCUCUGGCUUCAGCUCUGAGAUCAAACCCCUCACACCUGAGAGAACUGGAUCUGGAUCGGAAUGAUCUAGGAGACUCAGGAAUGAGGCUGCUCUAUGAUCUGCAGGAGGAUCCACAUUAUAAACUGAAGAUACUGCGGACUGAAUAGUAGUAGAUGACAGUCUGAUCUUCUGAUGAUCAUCUGAUGGUGAAUAAGGAUCCACUACAGAGACUCACAGUCAACAGAAUCAACAAAGACUGAAGAUACAGUGACUUCACUGUUAUAAAUUAAGACUUUACUUAGAUUUCAAUGAUCCACUGACAGACAUGAUGAGGCAGCAGUGAAACUGUAUAAAUACACAGUAUAAAUUAAAAAAAAACUUGGAGAUUUUUAAGACAAAAUAUAGAGCCUGAAUAUGUUUAUGUUUGUGUUGUACCAGCAGAGAGAGGUAAAGACUAAUGAAAGAUUCAUUUUUCAUGAUUAUGGAGAAGAAAAAAAACAGUUCAAACUCACUUUUGGAGGAGACACAAUGUAAACUUGACUGUAUACAUUUAUAUUGAGGUAUUAAAUAUUUCUUUUAAAAAAUCACAAA